AUGUCCUGGUGCACGAGGCACCUAUCAUACCUCAGCCUCUACCCCGGAAACCAGGCAACAAGCCUAUGCCUAACACAAGUGUCUUCUGUCGCUUUCAUCAGUUCGGUGGCCACGAUACCGAAUCUUGUGUUGCCUUGUGCAACAUCAUUGAGGGACUUAUUCGUGAGGGGAAGCUGGAUAAAUACGUGCACAACCUCUCACCCCCCACGUAACCCUCACCAACGACAGAUCAACAUGAUCUCAACCAUCAGUGGUGGCCCUACCAUGGCUGGAACCUCCAACAACUCCAUCAAACAUUAUGUCUGCUCAACCUAUGCGCACCAAGUCUUCAGCACUGAGCAGGGACGCUUGCCGAAGACACAAAAAACAAACUGGGCCCCCAUUACCUUCUGCGAGGAGGAGGAGCGUGGCGUUAUCCUCCCUCAUGAUGACCCAAUCAUUAUCCGCGCCGACAUCUCUAAUUUGGACGUUGGGUGCAUCUUGGUAGACACAGGCAGCUCAGUUAAUGUGAUGUUUGCUAAUGCCUUCAACGAGCUCCAGGUCCCGUCUCAUUUGCUCGACCGAAGCGUCACACCCCUGGUGAGCUUUUCGGGCGAUGUGGUCCAGCCUAUUGGGAGCAUUCAUCUCCCUAUCUCUAUCGGAGCAGAACCCCAGCGAACGACAGUCACCACUCCCUUCCUCAUUAUUGAUUGCCCUACAGCCUACAACGUCAUCCUUGGGGGCCCUGCCAUGGCCUAG